ACACCCUCCUCAUAGACACCUCUAUAUAACGUCUCCCCUACUGCUCUCCUUCCCUUUUAUCUCUACCAUACUAUCUUCUCUCUUCUCAUCAUCCGUUCUCUCACUCUUUUCACCCUUUUAGUAUACAUCUGUAGACACAAAAACAUUAGAACAAGAUAUUAACAAUGGUGGUGGCUUCUUUUAGCCCCGUGCAUGGUGAUCGCUUCAGGUCACUCGCCAUCCCGGUCAUCGACCUCUCCUGCGAUCGAGCCCUCGCAUCGGAGCUCAUCGUGAGGGCUUGCGAGGAGUUUGGUUUCUUUAAAGUGAUCAGCCAUGGAGUGCCCGUCGACAUCGUCUCACGGAUGGAGGCCGCUGCAUUAGAAUUCUUCUCACUGCCGGUUGUCGAGAAGCAACGAGCUGGUCCUCCAAAUCCUAUUGGAUAUGGAAGCAAGACCAUUGGACUGAAUGGAGACUCCGGGGAGGUGGAGUACCUCCUCCUCCACACCAACCCCUCCUCCGUCUCCCAACAAGCUGGUGUGAUAUCAAGGAAGAAUCCAACUGAGUUCAGCUGUGUGGUGAAUGAGUACAUGGAGACUGUGCAAGAGGUGGCAUGUAAGAUACUGGAGCUACUGGCAGAAGGGCUGGGGCUCAGAGACAGUGGGGUGUUCAGCAGGUUGAUAAGAGACACAGAGAAUGACUCAUUGCUAAGGCUGAAUCACUACCCUCCAUGGCAUAACAAGGAGGACAUGAGGAGUGAUAGGAUCGGAUUCGGCGAGCACUCAGACCCUCAGAUCAUCACCCUCCUUCGAUCCAACGAUGUGGAAGGACUCCAGAUACUGUCUCCCUCAUCCUUGGAUGGUGCAGUUUGGGUCCCAGUACCACCGGAUCCGAAUGCGUUCCAUAUCAUGGUCGGCGAUCUGCUUCAGGUUAUGACAAAUGGGAGACUAGCUAGUGUGAGACACAGGGCCAUUGUUGACUCCUACAGCCCAAGGCUCUCAAUGGGUUACUUUGGUGCACCUCCCCUCCAUGAAUGGAUUUCCCCUCUCCCAGAGAUGACCACACCCCAAAUGCCUCGCUGCUACAAAUCCUUUACUUGGGCUGAGUACAAGAAAGCCAUGUAUUCACUCAGGCUUGGACACAAUCGCCUUGAUCUCUUCCGUGCAGAUGAAAUGGAAGAACAUCCUGGGCUAGUAAAAUAAUAGUAGAGGUUUCUACGAUAACAUUUUGUAUGAACCAAUGUUCUAACAAGGAGGGGGUCUGUUUUUUUGAAGUACUCCCCCAGAUUUUUUUUUUUUCAUGUUUGUCUAGAUCAUCAGGGUUAUUACAAAGAGGGAAGAGCAUGCUUUGACAAGAAUAUCUAACAAGAUUAACAGUGUUGUAUGUUUUCUAGA